AUGCUCGUAAUCUAUCUUAAAUUCUUCUUUUCACACUCUCUUCUUCUUCUUCUUCAGAUUUUUUCUUUCUUCUUCUUUCCACAUGGUGAUCUUCAUCUUAAAAGUUUACUUUGCAUAUUCUCUUUAAAUUCUUUUUCUUCUUUUUUCCAAAAAUCUCUCCAUCUACUUCUUCUUCUUCUUCUUCUUCUUCUUCUUCUUCUUCUUCUUCUUCUUCUUCUCGUAAUCUAUCUUAAAUUCUUCUUUUCACACUCUUCAUCUUCUUUAGCUUCCUACUCUUCUACUUCUUCUCCUUUUCACACUCUCUUCUUCUUCUUCUUCAGAUUUUUUCUUUCUUCUUCUUUCCACAUGCAUUUUGCGUCCUCGUCCUCCUCCUCUGUUUCUCCUUCCAUGUUCCCCUCCCCCGUUUCUCUCUAUCUUCAUUUUGUUCUUUACUUUUCCUACCCCUCACUACUCUUUUAUACCUCCUCCUCUAUUUUUCAAAAAGACACAAGAUGGCGACUGACGUUCUUCUUCUUCUUCUCCUUCUUUUUAUUCUUCUUUUUCUUCUUCUUCUUCUCCUUCUUUUUCUUCUUCUUUUUCUUCUUCUUCUCCUUCUUUUUCUUCUUCUUUUUCUUCUUCUUCGGAUCAAGCUACACAGUUCCUUACUUUUCUUUUUUUCUCUCUAAUAUUCUUUUCUUUCUUUCUUUCUUUUCGAGUCUUUCUGUGACUCAAAUCUUUUUUCUUUCGUUUUCUCUCGUGAAUCUUUUUCUUUCUUUCUUUCUUUCUUUCUUUCUUUCUUUCUUUCUUUCUUUCUUUCGAAUCUUUACAUUCUUUCUUUCUUUCUUUUUUCUAAUCUUUCCACCCUAUUCUUUCUUUCUCUCUUUCUUUCUUUCUUUCUUUCUUUCUAAUUUAUACAUUCUGUCUUUCUUUCUCAUCUUUCAAUUCUUUCUUCCUUUCUUUCUUUCUAAUAUUUCUUUCUGGAUACAGGCUUCAAUAUAUCUAUCUAUCUAUCUAUCUAUCUAUCUAUCUCUUUCUCUUCGGUCAUACCUCUUGGUUUUAUUUAAUCUUUCCCUCCAAACUUUCAUUUUAUAUUCUUUCUCUCUCAGUCCUCUCUCUUGGUUUUAUUUAAUCGCUCUCUCUCUUUCUCUCUUCCACCCUCGGAAUUUACAUUUCUCUCUCUCUCUCUCUCUCUCUCUCUCUCUCUUUUUUUUCUCUCUCGUCUUUCUCUCAUGGUUUUGUUUAUACCCGUACUCUCUCUCAAUUUUUAUUUUGGAUACUUUCUCUCUUUCUCUCUCGGUCGUCUCUCUUAAUUUGGCUUACUCCCUCCUUCCUAUCAUGUUCUAUUCUCUCUUUAUCCCUUCCUCUUCCCCCUCUCUCUUGAUUUUAUUUACUCUCCCCCCUCCACCCUUCGUCCAUUCGUCUCAACUUCCAUUUUUUAUUAUCUCACUCAAUCUCACGGCCUUCUAUAUUGGUUUAUAUUUCCCCAUCUUUUUCUCCCUCUCAAUUUUCAUUUUUUUAUCCCCUCUCUCUCUCUCUCUCUCUCUUUUUCCUUCCUUCCUUCCUUCCUUCCUUCUCCUCAAUUUCCAUUUUCUAUUCUCUCUCUCUCUCUCUCUCUCUCUCUCUCGGCACUCUUGUUUUUUUUCUCCCUCCCUCUCAAUUUCCAUUAUCUAUUCUCUCUCUCUGCCCUCUUUCUUUGUUUUAUUUACUCCCUCCCUCUCAAUUUCCAUUAUCUAUUCUCUCUCUCUGCCCUCUUUCUUGUCUCUCUCUCUCUCUGCCCUCUUUCUUUGUUUUAUUUACUCCCUCCCUCUCAAUUUCCAUUAUCUAUUCUCUCUCUCUGCCCUCUUUCUUGGUUUUAUUUACUCACUCCUUCUCAAUUUCCAUUUUAUAGUCUCUCUCUCUCUCUGCUCUCUUUCUUUGUUUUAUUUACUCCCUCCCUCUCAAUUUCCAUUAUCUAUUCUCUCUCUCUGCCCUCUUUCUUUGUUUUAUUUACUCCCUCCCUCUCAAUUUCCAUUAUCUAUAGUCUCUCUCUCUCUCUCUGUCCUCUUUCUUUGUUUUAUUUACUCCCUCCCUCUCAAUUUCCAUUAUCUAUUCUCUCUCUCUGCCCUCUUUCUUGGUUUUAUUUACUCACUCCUUCUCAAUUUCCAUUUUAUAGUCUCUCUCUCUCUCUCUCUGUCCUCUUUCUUUGUUUUAUUUACUCCCUCCCUCUCAAUUUCCAUUGUCUAUUCUUUCUCUUUUUCGUAUUGGCGUUUAAUCCCAAGUUGCUUACUAACAAGCACAUUCCGACGAGUUCGUGUUCUUCAGUGA